CAAAAAAUACUGCUUUACACCUUUACCUUCCUAAAGGUAGUUGAGUUCUAUGCAUGUCUUCUUCUUACUUAAAAAAGACAAAGACCAGAUCAGUCGAUUCUGAUCAAGAGCACACAUUAGAAUUGGUUCAGUAUGGACUUUGUGGGUAUCAUCAACUUGGCUAUAAGAUGCUUUGAUCUUCUUGCAUGGCCUCUUCUCGCUUUGGGAUAUCCCUUGCGUGCUUCCAUUAUGGCUAUUGAGACCAAAUCAGACUUGGAGACGAGGAAGUUGGUCACCUAUUGGAUUAUGUUUUCUUCGUUAUCCAUUUUUGAGCAUGCUUUUGUCAAGCUGCUUGAAUGGAUACCAUUAUGGCUUUACAUUAAGCUAAUUAUUGUCUGCUGGUUGGUGAUACCUCACUUUGACGGUUCUUAUUACGUCUAUAUCCACGUUGUUCGUCCAUGCCUCUCUAUGAAGAUGAAGACCGUCAUCAAGCAGUUGAAGAAGCUGAAGGAAAUCUCUUUUGAAAGGAAGGAUUUCUCCUUAAAGAGAGACAAUUUUAUAGAUGAGAUGGAGAAAUUUGUAAAAGAAAACGGACCAGAGGCCCUAGAGAACCUUAUUGCUAGCAAGUCGAAGUUCAAAGAAGAAGUUACGCAGAAAGAUAUUAAAUCUGUAGAAGAAACAGAAGAUAAAAAACCUGAUGUAGCCAAGCCGUUGGCAGCUCUAAAGUCCAGCAAUGAAGAAGCCUAUGCUACUGCAGCAAAUAAACAUCGGAGAGUCAAAGAGUUUGAUGAAGGUGACCAGGUACUUGUGUAUUUAAGACGAGAGCAGUUUCCUAAAGGCACCUACCACAAGCUGAAGGCUAGCAAGUUUGGACCUUGCAAAGUGCUACGAAAGAUUAGCUCAAAUGCUUACUUGAUUGACCUCCCAGAGAACUUACAGAUGAUCAGCCCAAUUUUCAACGUUGCUGACUUGUAUUCAUUUGAUGCCAUGACCGAUAAUAACGAAGCAGCAGAACAAAUUGAGCAUCUCCCAAAGCUCAAGCCGGAUGUCAUUGAAGAAGUUUUAGGUGUCAAGGAAGUUACGUCACGAAGGGGCAAGCAGUACAGGAGCUUCCUAGUGAAGUGGUCAGGAAAACCAGCCACUGAAAGCACGUGGAUUGCGGAAAAAGAACUUGAGCGUUUGGACCCGAAGAUACAUGUUGAAGUUGCCAGAAUCUUUUCACCAGAGUCCAGUUCUUUCUCGCAUGGGGAGGUUGAUGCAGGAGCAUCCAAGAAGAGAGCCCUGUUGGUUUAGUCCAAGCCUUCCCUUAUUCUUGUUAUUGUUGUUUUUUUUGGGCUUUAGUUGUUGUAUCUCACUGGUAUUAAGAAGUCAUGUGACUUGCACAUGACUUUUAAUGAUGCUCAAUAUUUCAAUUGCCAACUUCUAGGCUAGAUGAUGUUAAAUGAUGUAAGAGAAUCCUUUUGUCUGUAUAACUUGGCAUGAUUGGUUUUGUAUGAAACUUUGUGUACAUGAUUAAUUUGGCAAACAUAUAGAUUUGGUCCCUCAACUAUA